CAGGCUGGCCCCUCGCGUGCCGUUGGUCCGGACAGGCCAGAGGGCGCGGAGCCGGCUUGGGGCCCGAUGGAGGCGGCUCUGCCGCUGCGCCCGGUCUAUGUCUGUAGCCCAGAGUACCUGGCGCUGUGCGACUCGCUCUGCAAAGUGCCUAAAAGGGCCAGUAUGGUGCAUUCUUUGAUCAAAGCAUAUUCCUUACUUGACCACAUGAGGAUAGUCAAGCCCAAAGUGGCUUCCAUGGAGGAGAUGGCAAGCUUUCACACUGAUGCCUAUCUGCAGCACCUCAAGAAGGUUAGUGAGGAGGGGGACGAUGACCACCCGGAAUCAGUGGAGUAUGGACUGGGUUAUGACUGUCCAACCACUGAAGGUAUCUUUGACUAUGCAGCAGCUGUAGGAGGGGCCAGCAUCACAGCAGCCCAGUAUCUGAUGGACGGCAAGUGCAAGGUAGCGAUUAACUGGCCUGGAGGGUGGCAUCAUGCAAAGAAAGAUGAAGCUUCUGGCUUUUGCUACCUAAAUGACGCUGUCCUGGGCAUCCUGAGGCUGCGUCAGAAAUUCGACCGCAUCCUCUAUAUUGACUUGGACUUGCAUCAUGGGGAUGGUGUGGAAGAUGCCUUUAGUUUCACCUCCAAAGUCAUGACUGUGUCUCUGCAUAAGUUUUCACCAGGAUUUUUCCCAGGAACAGGAGAUGUGUCUGACAUUGGCCUGGGGAAGGGGCGAUAUUACAGUGUCAACGUACCUAUCCAGGAUGGCAUUCAGGAUGAGAAAUAUUACCAGAUCUGCGAGACUGUGUUGAAGGAGGUGUACAUGGCAUUCAACCCGGAAGCAGUAGUUCUGCAGCUGGGAGCGGAUACGAUAGCCGGGGACCCCAUGUGUUCAUUUAACAUGACUCCAGUGGGGAUUGGCAAGUGUCUGAAGUACAUUCUCCAGUGGCAGCUGGCUACUCUCAUCCUGGGAGGAGGAGGCUAUAACCUUGCCAACACAGCCCGCUGCUGGACAUACUUGACUGGGGUCAUCCUGGGGAGAACGCUACCCUCCGAGAUCCCAGAUCACGAGUUUUUCACAAAGUAUGGUCCUGAUUACGUGCUGGAGAUCACACCGAGCUGCAGGCCAGACCGCAACGAGCCACACAAAGUCCAAGAAAUCCUCAGCAUCAUCAAAGCUGAAACCUUGUCUGUCGGUACAUCCUCCACACUGGGUCAGAGACUUUCCCAGAUUAGAAGGCGGAAAAAGAAGACUCGGGAGGAUAUGUUCAAUGAGUUAGUGCGCACCUCCGAGAGUGACAAGAAGGAGCUCAGAGCAUGGAGGAUUGCACUGUCCGACAACCUGCACAUGGACAGAGAGGAGGGAGAGCAUGCAGGGAACAAGAGUGUGGCACACAGGAAGAGAUGCUGCGAAUUAUGAAGGAGCAAUCAGACAUGUUGAGGCAUCUGGUUGAGGUACAAGAAAGACAGCUGGAUGCUAGAGUCUCCCUGCAGCCUAUGCUGAACCUGUGCCAUCAUCGUCCAGUUCUAUGUCCUCCUCUCCCAACGGGGGAUGGGAGAGGAGAGGAGGAAGUUUUGUAUCCCUUGCACUCAAUACCAGGGGAGGGUACAAGGACCAGAAGGUGCUCAUUCCCACACCUUUGAUUGUUAUUGCAGUGCAUCUGUGUGAUGUUAUUAAUAUGAACUGUGACCGUAUAGCUCAUUGUUGCAACCAAGGUCAUAUAGUGGCACCAAAUCUGGUACAAAGGAGGUCAAGUAAUGUGUCUAUGAAAAGGUUAUGAUUUGCUGAUUGUGAUGAUGCUAUCUGUAUGCAUGUAUCAUUUUUGUAUUUAAAAGUUAUAAGUAUUGGCUUUAUGCUGUCUGUAUUUCAAACUUGUGCUAUGCUUCUGGGUGACAACCCAGACAAUUGGGCAUCAGCACUGCCUCGCCUGCUUGAUGGCCUAUUAAGGACCAUCAGCUAUACAACUGACCCAUUGAGAGAAGGCAGAUACACCUUGUGACUCAGCAAGGCAUGCAGGGACAUGCCUAUGGACUGAACUUUAAGGUUUUUCCAUGCAAUGUAUUGGGCAGCUUGUGUUUGGAACAAAGGAAGCACAAGCCACAUGGCAAAAGGACUAUAAAAGGCAGCUGCAUCAUCUCCAUUUUGUCUUCAAUCCUGCUUCUUACUUCUGGAGGAACUUUGCUACACUGAAGCUCUGAACAAAGAACUGAAUGACCCAUCCAAGCUGUGGAUGAACUCCAGAGACUUGAUUUGAGCCUGCAGUUUAUUCCAUCACCGCUACAAGCCUGAACCAAGAACUUUGCCAUUGCUGAAUGUAAUUGAUUACUUUGACCAAUUUUAGCUCUCAUCUAUAUUUCUUUCCUUUUAUGAAUAAGCCUUUAGAUUUUAGAUUCUAAAGGAUUGGCAACAGCGUGAUUUGUGGGUAAUAUCUGACUUUUAUAUUGACCUGGGUCUGGGGCUUGGUCCUUUGGGAUCGGGAGAACCUUUUUUCUUUUACUGGGUUAUUUGUUUUCAUAACCAUUCAUCCCCAUAAGGAGUGGUGCUGGUGGUGAUACAAGGGAACUGGAGUAUCUGAGGGAAUUGCUUGUAUAACUUCUGGUUAGCCAGUGGGGUAAAACCGAAGUCCUCUCUGUUUGGCUGGUUUGGUGUGACUUAAUAAUAAAGGACACCCAGUCUUGGGCUGUGACUGCCCUGCUCUAAGCAAUUUGUCCUGAAUUGGUACUCUCAGUUGUCCUGCCAGAGGCUGCUUUGUUACAAUCUGUAAGCAAGCUGUCCUUGUCUCUCCCCCCACAAUGUUAUCAGACCUUUUGCCCAAGGUUAUCUUACUUUUCUUUGCUGUCUCUGUGUGUUUGAGUGCACA